GUUGGUUUCACAAAAUAAGAAGUUGCGAAAAUAAGAAGUGGUGAAAAUAUUGUAAAGGAUGUUCCAACAGAGUUUAAUGGUACUGUGGCUAGUCUCUGUUGCUUUGAUAUCUGAACUUGUGUUGGUGAAAGCAAGUGACUGUGUGAAAAGACCUAAGGUUAGAUCUCGCUAUUGUAAAGAUAGCAAUGAAGCCAGAAAGGGGCACACUAUGUGUCUUGGAGGAAUCAAACAGACACUUGUUACCAAAACCGACAGAACCUUGCUUCAAGAUCUUCACAACGAUAUUAGAGCAAGUGUCUACCCGCCGGCAGCCAAUAUGAUGAUUAUGCAAUACAGUCAACCCUUGGAAAAAGAGGCACAGAUUUGGGCAGAGCAAUGCAAGAUGUCACAUGAUCAACCAGACCUACGAUUUCUCCCAGGAAGAUACGCUGUUGGACAAAAUAUUGCAAGAAGUUCAGUUUAUAACUGGACAAGUGUAUUUCAACAAUGGAAGGGAGAAAAUGGUUCCUUUACCUACGGUGGUCCAAACAACGCCACAGAUGUGAAAAAUCUUGUACAGAUGAUAACUGCUGAGACUAGUUUACUUGGAUGUGGGGCAAGUAAAUGUGGAUCGGAGUACUUCUUUGUCUGCAAUUACGGACCCGUGACAUAUGAUAGUGAUGCCAAUAAGCCGUAUAUAGAGUCAAAUAAAUGGUGUGAGUCAUGUCCAACAACUUGCGACAACGUGACAUCUCAUUUGUGCGAUUGCGACGGAAAAUUUUGCGUUAAUGGUGGAAUUCUUGACCUUCAGACAUGCGCAUGUAAUUGCAUUAAGGAAGUCAAGGCGUAUAAAAACCACGAACACUGCGAGUUACAAUGUGGUAGCCAUGUUGAUGAUGCACGAUGCAAUAAAGCACCUUAUGUGAAGUCAUCAUGCCGAACUAACAUAACCACAGCCUUCCAUUGCCCGUGGAUGUGCGAUAUUUGCCCUUAUGCUGGCAUGAAUUAUACUGGUGAGGGUAUCACACUUCUUCCCUGGGAGAAAGGACUUCCUUAUUGUCCAAAUGCCACUGUACCAAACAACACUAUACCGAAUUCUAGCAGCACGAAAACGGAUGCUCAAAGAAACAAAGGGUCAAGUCCGAUUGGCAUGCAAGUUACUACAGGCUUCGGUGUUGCCCUUGUGUUCCUACUUUUUGCAGCAUAAUGUGAUAAAUAUGUUCAUACUAUUUCUUCAUGACAAUGUGAGAAAGUUUAAGGAUUGAUAAUGAUGAACAUAAUUUUGUGAUUAAAAUCGAAAUUGUAACAAUAAUAUUAAUACAUUUAUAAUAUACUUUCAUUAAAUUGAAAACAAAAUCAAUAUAAAAAUGUUUAUUUUUUAACCAAUUGUUCACUUAAAAAUGAGUUUUAGUUGUUGAACUAUUAAAUCUAAAUUAUU